AUGGAACUUGACAAAGAUAAGCGUAUCAUGCGUGACAAAGAGGUACGGAACGCCUGCCACCUUCGCCGAAGCCCCCUAUGCGAGGACCACACAAAUAUAGACUGUAAUGAGCAUUGUGGAGGUUGGAAAAAGAGUCGAAAAACUGAAAGCAUUAGACGAGAUAUAAGUAGGCUUCUCACCGAACGAGAACUUUAUCAAAUAAUUCUUCCCGUUCCUAAUUUACUUAAGAUUAAGUCAUUUGACACAACAGAAUCAGCGACAAGAAAAGUGCCUGAUGAACCUGUUCUUUUGUGUGGCGACUUUCUUGCCGAAGCUUUUAAUACACAUCUCUUGAUGCUAGCUCACCAACUAUUAAAAAAAGGAGGAACUUCUCAAAUACUAGCAAUAGUAGAAAUUAAUCCCGAUCAGUUGAUGAAUCAGUUGCUAGACGAUGGAUUAAACUUGAACGAGGCUUAUAACAGAGCAGUGAAAUUUGUUGAUGAUGAAACUUCUAUGUUUACUAAAUAUCAAAUAAUCAUCAAAUCCGUUAGACAAACAUCUGGUUAUAUGGUCGUGUUAAUGACCUUCGAUACGGCUUGUUUACAACAUAUGUUCGAACAUGGUUUUUCUACAGUGAUCGUAACAAUCCGAACAUUGUCUAUAUUUCACCUGCAGUUCUUAUUAAUCAGAACCACACGUCUACUCAAGCUUCAUAUUUUAGAAUGUAUGUACUUUCUUGAAACUUUAUCUACAAGAGAUCGAACUGCACAAUCUUCACCAUCUACCUAUAGUGAUGAAAAAGACGAUGUUGACGAUGGUAAUGGUCGAUCUGGAGUUAUUUUUGAAGCCAAGCUUUGCGGAAAAGUGGGCACUCUACAAAACUUAUAUAAAAAUGAGUACUUGUUACAAGAAUUCCAAAUGAAAUCAAGAUUUACCUCGUCCCCUCUUAUGGAUAUUCAAUACAUACAUACACCGAAGUUUCUAAAAUUCGGAAUCCUUCAUGAGGCUUUUGUUUUUAUUUUAAUAUCGCAUUCUGGAAAAUCUUUUGCGGAUUUAGAUGAUAUCACCGAAAGAGAAAACCUAUUGGCCAUUGAAGGUUUACAGGCUAUACAUGCAAGGGGAGUGAUGCAUGGGGAUGUUAGGUUAGAGAAUAUAAUGGUAGAUAGGAGUGAAUCGAUAAUAGUAUUAGAAGAAUUUGAAGGAAUGGAAGGGCCAGGUAAGCUGUUUAAGUCUACUGAAAAGAUCGAGCUGUUGGGUCUAUUGAUUCCGGAGAAGGGAUCAGAUUAUGAAUCUUCCGAGCGGCGAAGUAAAUAUCGUUAUCUGUUGCUGUCAUUAUUUUUUAUUGUAUUGAUUGAUGAGGCUACUUUGAUUGAAGAACAACAAAAUGUACCACCAGGACGCUUUACGCCAAUUAUGGGAAGGCCCAAGCAAAAAGAAUCGCAAGAUCAAAAUUGA